AUGCAAAACACUAAGAUUAAAGUCAAAACUAUCGGGCAUUAUCAUCGUGAUAAGGAUAUGAAAGUGGAACUUGAUUUACGGCCGAAGCGAUUAAAUGAUAACAGAAGAUAUAUUGAUUAUAAGGAAGAACAUAUCCCUUUCGUAAAAGUGGAUAUCGAAGUUGCGGAUGCUGGAGCAGGAGAACAUAAAAUGGAAUCUCGUCUGGAAUAUAUUAAACAAAGGCCAUGGAAAGCAGAGGAUCAACCAGAUUUUGUUACGAAUAAGAAUCGUUUGAAAUUUAUUGCUGCUGAAGAUUACGAGAAUAUCGAAGUUCAAUUGAAUGGGAUUUUUUAUAGUGUCGGAGCUAUUUUUGAACAUUUUUUGGCCGCUGAAAAUCCGCUGGAAAAUCAAGAGAUUGGAGGACAUGGAACUGUUAGAAAAGCAGUAUUCAUAGCUGAUAUCCCAACCAGUUUCGAUGAGAAUUCCGAGAAGUUUAAAGUGAUGUAUGCAAUUGAUGAUAAAAAUGAACACGUAGAAUUGAAAACGGUGAAACAUGGAAUGACUUUUGCCUUUUGGACGAAACUGAGUAGCAUUGCUUACUGGCAAGCAAUAUUCAGCAACGUCUCUACAAUGAUCAUUGGCUCUCGAACUGGAACUAGUGAAUCAUCUGAUUGUAAUCCGCCGAAGAACUAUCCGCCGUACUCACUUUAUCAGGUGAGGAGAGUGACACAUGGUCUUCUUCCCAACAGACUCAAUGGAAACAGGCGGUACUUUGAUAUUCCAGCGUUAAAAGUGCCUCAUCUGAAUCUGAAUAUUGAAGUCACAGAUUCUGGAGCAGGCGAAUUAAAAAUGGAGUCUCUUCUAGAAUAUAUCAGACAAAAAGGGUGGCCAAAUGGAGAGAAACCAAACGUUGUGACAAACAAGCAACUUCUGAAAUGUAUUGCAUCUGAUGAUAUCGAUAAUAUUAAAAUUCAAAUUGUUCAAUUGGGCGGUGUCAUCUUCAUGCUGAAAUCAAGUGAAAAUUACACUCAAAACGCUAAUUUUGGAAAAAUAUUUGAACAUUUUAUGACGAAAACAACGGGAGAUGAAAGCAUUGAAGAAGAUGAAGAAGUUCGAAAGGCUGUGUUCAUUGCUGAAAUUCCGAAAGACGCUGGAUCAGAUGGAAAGUUCAAAGUCAUGUAUUCAGGGGAAAUUGAUGCAAUUGAUGAUUUGAAGCAGCAUUAUGAAUUGAAAGUUCUCAGUGGUGGUUUGAACGACUACUUCUGGAAAAACAGGAGUUGCUCAUAUUAUUGGCAAUCAGUUUUCAGCAAAGUUUCAACAAUAAUAGUUGGUUCCAGGACAGGAAAAUGUCCGAAUGAUUACAAGACGUUGCCUCCAUUCAACCUCCCAGAAUAUUCUCUAUAUGAGGUCAACAAACUAGAAGUUCAAACAAUGCCAAUGAGAGCUGCUAUAGCUGUCAACAAUCCAAAGAACAAGUUGUACAAGAAUGAGCCUUUACCAAGAAACGCUGACUGGAAAGUUGAAGCAUGUGAAGAAAAACUCCAACAAUUCCUUGGAUUGGUUUCAAAAACGUUGAAGAAAAACGGUGAUUGUUUUGUGUUUUCAAAAAAGAAAUCAGAUGAUUCGUGGACAGUUAUUGAAAUUGAGCAGAGAGAGGCUUGGUUUUCUUCCUUUGUAUUAAACCGCUUGAGAUUCAUAGCCUCCACUUCGUCGACCACUUCAUCUGAAACGGCUGGAAAUACUAGUAUGCGACCAACUUCAUCAAACCUAGAAGCUUUGUUGAUUCGGAGCAUGCCAAUCGCUUCAAUAACCGCACCGCGUAGAGCACCGCGUAAGUAUCUGAUUCCUCUCAGCCCUGAGGUGAUUGUGAAUACAACUACAACACCUGCUCAAGAAAUGACUACAAUGUCGAAAACUGAGGACAAGAUGACACAAACAAUUAACGAAACACUCUCAACAAUGAAUCUAACAGAAGUUCUCUUGACAAUAAGCACAAGGCCCAAAUCAAAAAUAGUUUUCAAUGCUCCGUUUGAUAGAGCCAACGUGAACCGUCUAGAAAUCACCAAUCCAUCGAAUGCAAUUAUUGGUUUGAAGAUCAAAUCCAAUAUUCGAUACGUUGAAAUUCAUGAGAUGCCUUUCAUCCUUAAGCCAACAACAUCUACAAUCUUGGAAAUGAGUUUUGAAGCUGACAGCUACUUCAAAGAAAUGAACAAAGUAUGUCCAGAUGAUCAGUUUUCAAACAAUAUCAUGAUCGAAUGGAUCAAUGUUUCUGCACAUAUAGAUAAAGAAUCCUAUUUGAAAUUGUUUGCAACAGAUGGAUUAUUUCGUCGUAAAUAUAUUCGAGUCGAAUUUAAUCAAUAA